CCUUGUGGGUGAGCAACCUGCCCGCACAUCACGCCCUCAACGGGCGUUGAAUUCUUUAAUCCAAACCCAGCAUCAAAAGCCCACUAUCUGUUAUAUGCUUCUACUAUAAAUGCUACUCCACCACACUCAACUUUUAGUUUCAAUAAUGAGCAUAGUUUCCAUAGCUCAUUUAUAUUUAUAAUUUGAGCGAGAAUCGGGGACAAACAGAGCUCGACCCAAAAAACCAAAUAGUAAAAGCACUUUUUGAGAAUCCGGUGAGAGAAAGCGAGGAGAAGACUGAAAAGCAGGAGGGUGACAUGGGCCGGAUUCCAUGCUGUGAAAAGGACAGCGUGAAGCGGGGGCAGUGGACCCCGGAGGAAGACAACAAGCUCUCCUCCUACAUCGCCCAGCACGGAACCCGUAAUUGGCGCCUAAUCCCCAAGAAUGCCGGACUGCAGAGGUGCGGCAAGAGCUGCCGGCUACGUUGGACCAACUAUCUCCGGCCGGACCUCAAGCACUGCGAGUUUUCCGAACCCGAGGAGCAGACCAUCGUCAAACUCCAUUCCGUGGUCGGCAACAGAUGGUCGCUAAUAGCGGCACAACUGCCAGGGAGGACGGACAACGAUGUAAAGAAUCACUGGAACACGAAGCUGAAGAAGAAGCUCUCGGGGAUGGGAAUCGAUCCCGUGACACACAAACCGUUCUCCCACCUCAUGGCGGAGAUCGCCACCACACUGGCUCCGCCACAGGUGGCACACCUUGCGGAGGCCGCCCUGGGUUGCUUCAAGGACGAGAUGCUUCAUCUCCUUACGAAGAAGCGGAUUGAUUUCUCCUCCAACCGCGUUGUAGGAGGCCACUCAACUCCAUUUCUGCCACCUCACCCAUCCGGGGAGCUCGCUCUGGUUGGGGAUGUUAAUGGAGAGGAAACCAUUCGAAAGAUUAAAAUGGGGCUCUCACGAGCCAUUAUGCAGGAGCCUAGCCCGGUCAUGGGAUGGGGUGCCAUGGCUGGUAGUGAACCUGACGCUAACGAUUUGAUGUGCGAAAUGUAUAAGAUGGCCAUCGGCCAUGGAUACGGCUAUGAGGACGGCGAGGGGUCCAAGUGGAGCACAUGCACUGUUGGCGGGCACCUAUUGAAGAGGGAGGAAGAGUCUGAGAGAGAUAAGGGUGGGAGCAAGGAGGAUGCUGGCGUGGUUGGCUCGGAGUGUGUUCUUUGGGAUUUAAGUGAUGAUUUCAUGAAUCAUAUGGUUUAAAUAAAGUUCAAAUAAA